CUCUGAAGGGCCCAGGGCCCCUGAGCCAGGAGGAGAGGAGGAAGUCCAAGGGAAAGGAAAGAUGGCUGGCUGUCACCCCUACUUCAACCUGCCCGACUUCACCCAGCCAUCACCACCCUCCACUCCGUCCAGCCUCCCCUCGCACGAGCGCUGCCGGCCCUCUGAUGUCACCAAGGGCCUGCUCGUGGCCCUGCUGGGUGGGGGCCUGCCCGCUGGCUUCGUGGGCCCCUUCUCCCGUAUGGCUUACCAGGCUUCCUACCUACCCUCGCUGGAGCUGCUCAUCUGUCGAUGCCUCUUCCACCUCCCUAUUGCCCUGCUGCUUAAACUGCACGGUCACCCCCUCUUGGGACCUCCCGACAUCCGGGGCUGGGCCUGCCUCCACGCCCUGUUCAACGUUCUCAGCAUCGGAUGCGCCUACAGUGCGGUUCAGGUGGUGCCCACUGGCAAUGCAGCCACCGUCCGCAAAGGUUCUUCCACCGUCUGCUCUGCUCUCCUUGCCCUCAGCCUCGAGAGCCAGCGUCUCAGUGGCUAUGACUGGUGUGGCUUGUUGGGCAGCACCCUGGGACUCAUCAUCAUUGUGGGACCUGGACUAGGGACACUGCAGGAGGGGACCACAGGCCUCUACACUGCCCUGGGCUAUGUGCUCGCUUUUCUGGGUGGCCUGGCACUGUCGCUGGGCCUCCUGGUGUACCGCUCCCUGGACUUCCCCUCCUGCCUACUGACAGUGGCCUUCCUGUUUGGCUUGGUGGGGCUGGUGGGCUCCGUGCCAGGCCUCUUUCUGCUGCAGACCCCCGUGUUGCCUAACGAUCCCCUGAGUUGGAGCUGUGUGGGGGCAGUGGGGAUCCUCGCCCUGGUCUCCUUUGUGUGUGUCAGGUAUGCGGUCACCAAGGCCCACCCUGCCCUGGUGUGCGCCGUCCUGCACUCUGAGGUGGUGGUGGCUCUGAUGCUGCAGUAUUAUGUGCUCUAUGAGACCGUGGCACCUUCUGACAUCAUGGGGGCAGGGGUCGUGUUGGGCAGCAUUGCCAUCAUCACCACCCAGAACCUCAGCUGUGAGAGGGAAGGGCAGGUGGAGUGA